UUUCGUGUAUUUUUCAGCACUCGACUUCCGCUGCAACAACCCACAAGAUGGCUAGCCUGCUUCUUCGUCACGCUGCACGCGCUGCAUUCAACGUUGCGCGGCCCCGCAUGGUGACCGCGCCGUUUGUGCGGUGUUACGCACUGGCACCUGAGGUGAAGCAACGCAUUGAUGACAUGGUGCAGAACAACAAGCUCUUUGUGUUUAUGAAGGGUACACCAGAGGCGCCCAUGUGCGGCUUCAGCCGCGCCGUCGUUCAAGUGUUGGAGCUGCAUGGCAUGGACCCCUUGGACCUUCAGACAGCCAACGUGCUGGAAGAUGACAGCAUUCGCAACGGCAUCAAGGAGUACUCGGACUGGCCCACCAUCCCCCAAGUGUAUGUGAAUGGCGAGUUUGUUGGCGGCUGCGACCUCAUGAUCCAGAUGCACCAGUCAGGCGAGCUGGUUGACCUGCUGAAGGGCAUCGGACACACGUCCCCAUACGCAGAUGUACAGGGGGACGGCGGCAGCAGCACAGACGGCAACAAGGCAUAGGCACCACGUGUGCUGUCAUCACUGUUGCAUCCUCCCUUACAGACUCCCACAACCUCUACUCUUGUUCGUGCUCAGGUCUUGCACGUGUGUUUGUGAGUGCCAACAGCACGCGCGCACGUGCGUAUGUUUGGUGUAGUGUAUCCUAAGCUGGUGUCAGCGCUCAUACACAAUCCUUCUCUUCCAGACA